AUGACUUCACGUAGGGAUCAGGAUGAAGGCCAAGAUACAGCACCUAACUCGGCAGAGACACACGUGCUUAACAAGCGAAAGCGCAAUGGCCCGCCGCCUAGGAAUCGCAGAGAAUCAAAUGCGACCGAGGUAGAAUCACAACAACCGCAAUCGCGAACUCAAGUCUUGGAACAGACUACUAUUGCGUCGGGUGAAGAUGAUGGCGAACAUCCGCCCGACCUGACCACAGCGUCUCAGGAUGAACGCACGUCAGCCUUCACCCCUAGAAGCGGUGGCAGAUCUGAAGAGAUUUUGGGAGGAGACCAAUGCUGCAAUGACAACGCCGGCAAUCAAUCCACCAACAGUGGCCGGGUACCAACAGCUAGUGCCGAGUUCCCAGACGUGGUGCAGCCAGACGUCGUUGAGAAACUUGUUGAAGUCUUUCAUCACACAGCAUAUCCCUUGCGUCCCUAUUUCCACUGGCCCACAUACCGUGCACAGGUCCGAACCCGACAGUAUCGUACUGACUGGGGCCUUUUGGACUUUUACCAUGGCAGUGUGUACCAUGGCAUCUGGGCGUCUAUGUGA